UUGCCAUUGAGGUAAAGCAGAGCUGGACGGUGAACUCUUCCCGCCGCUGUGGGAGUUGUUGUUAUCAAAACUAACGACAUAUUUCCUCCUUUUUUCGUGUGUGUGUGUGCGCGAAGUCUAUUUCGAACGACGCUUUUGAAUCCAAACUCAACUGGGAAGUAAACAUUUCUGGUUUUGUUGACUGUUCAACGGCCAGUUUCAGCGACCGCGGACGAGUCAAGUGGGAACUCUUCAGUGUAAUUAACUUGUGUGGAUGUUGUUUCCGAUGCUCCGACAGCCGGGCAGUUUGCUGUGGACGCUGUCUGUUUGAGGCUUCGCUUCCUCUCUUGUUUUUGCUUGUUUUGUCGGCUCUCUGUGCUCGGAAUACAUCAGUCGGGACACUGAGCAAACGCCGGAGUGAUUGAGAGGUGGCGGCUCCAGACCCGUUUCCAUUUCUCACCUGGUCUCCGCGCACUUCUUCUUUCUCUCUCUCUCUCCCUCCUUCCUUCCCCCUCCUCUCCCUCCGGCUACCUCCAGCUAAUGAGCCUUUUCCCGUGUUUUUCCGGUUGAUUUACGGUCGCACAACCUGCUGGAGCGGGAGGAGAGACAACGACCUGGAGCGGGGAUUCACGUUAAACGGGUGUUGCGCUCGGACGGCGGCGGCGGCAGCAGCGGGGACGUCGUUUUUUGUUUGAAAAUAUCCGCACUUGGUAGAAAUAUUAGAAAAGAAAGCGUCGGAUGGAUUCGUCUCCAUGACCGAGGAGCUCUCCACUGCUAUUCGGUGUCCUUGUUAACGGGGGGUUUCAAGAAGGAAACGGACGCAUCCUCCAGGAGAUAACGAUGUUUCCCCAGGGGCGACACCCGACGCCCCACCAGGCUCCCGGCCAGCCCUUCAAGUUCACCAUCCCAGAGUCACUGGACCGCAUCAAGGAGGAGUUCCAGUUCCUUCAGGCACAAUACCACAGCCUCAAACUGGAAUGUGAGAAGCUGGCCAGUGAAAAAACGGAGAUGCAGAGACAUUAUGUCAUGUACUAUGAGAUGUCGUAUGGCCUCAACAUUGAAAUGCACAAACAGACUGAGAUUGCCAAGAGACUAAACACCAUCUGUGCACAAGUCAUUCCCUUCCUCUCACAGGAGCAUCAGCAGCAGGUAGUCCAGGCUGUGGAGCGAGCCAAACAGGUGACUAUGGCAGAGCUCAAUGCCGUCAUCGGGGUACGUGGACUGCCAGGUCUUCCACCUACACAGCAGCAUCUAACCCAUAACCAUGGUGGUGCCCCUGUGCCCCUCACGCCUCAUCCUGCUGGCCUGCACCCCUCUCAGCUGGGUGGUUCAGCUGGUCUCCUGGCUCUGUCCGGAGCUCUCGGUGCCGUUCCUCCCCAUUUGGCGGGAAAAGACGGAGGUGAUAAAAAGCCUCAUCUGUCCGGACCUGAUUCACAUCCUGCAGGACCGGAGCACCUGAGGGAUCGUGAACCAGGCACCAGUAACUCACUGCUACCAGAAAGUCUUAGGAACUCUGAUAAGCGACGCAAUGGACCUGACUUUCCAAAUGACACCAAGAAACGCAAGGUGGAAGACAAGGAUUCAAGCCACUAUGACAGUGAUGGGGAGAAAAGUGACGACAAUUUAGUGGUGGAUGUCUCAAAUGAGGAUCCAGCCUCCCCUCGUGGGACACCUCUCCCGUCCCCCAGAGAAAACGGCUUGGAUAAAGCACGCCUUCUGAAGAAAGACCCCUGCAGCCCAGCCUCCACUGCGUCAUCAGCCAGCUCGUCCUCCCUCAAGUCCAAAGAGAUGGCGAUGCGGGAUAAAGCAGGUACACCUGGGUUAAAGUCAAGCACACCCACUCCGAGAGGUGACUCCACCCCAGGACCAAGCUCCACUCCUGGAAUCCGGCCAAGUUUAUCGAAACCCCCCUCCAUGGAAAUACCGCAUCCACCCACUGCAGGAUUGCGGACUCCCCUGGCCGUACCUGGCCCAUAUCCGGGUGCUUUUGGUAUGUUGCCCCAUGCUGCAGGAAUGAACGGGGAACUCGCUGGUGCAGCUGGGGCUGCAGCCUAUGCUGCUGGACUGCACAACAUGUCACCUCAGAUGAGUGCUGCUGCUGCAGCGGCUGUGGCUGCAUAUGGCCGUUCACCCAUGGUUGGUUUUGAUCCUCAUCCUCACAUGCGAGUUCCUGGAAUGCCUCCCAGUCUGACAGGAAUUCCUGGUGGCAAGCCCGCCUACUCCUUUCACGUGGCGGCUGACGGACAGAUGCAGCCCGUGCCGUUCCCCCCGGACGCGCUGGUGGGGCCGGGGAUCCCUCGCCACGCCCGCCAGAUCAACACACUGAACCACGGAGAGGUGGUGUGCGCCGUCACCAUCAGUAACCCCACUCGCCAUGUUUACACUGGAGGAAAGGGUUGUGUCAAGGUGUGGGACAUCAGUCACCCAGGAAACAAGAGCCCCGUGUCCCAGCUCGACUGCUUGAAUCGAGAUAACUACAUUCGCUCCUGUCGCCUGCUCCCUGAUGGCCGCACACUGAUCGUCGGGGGCGAGGCGAGCACUCUGUCAAUCUGGGAUUUGGCCACGCCCACUCCGCGGAUCAAAGCGGAGUUGACCUCAUCGGCGCCGGCGUGCUACGCUUUAGCCAUCAGCCCAGACUCCAAGGUCUGCUUCUCUUGCUGCAGUGAUGGGAACAUUGCAGUCUGGGAUUUACACAACCAGACACUUGUGAGGCAGUUCCAGGGCCACACAGAUGGAGCCAGCUGUAUAGACAUCUCCAACGAUGGCACCAAGCUGUGGACCGGAGGCCUGGAUAACACUGUCCGCUCCUGGGAUCUGAGGGAGGGGCGGCAGCUGCAGCAGCACGACUUCACAUCACAGAUCUUCUCUCUUGGAUACUGUCCGACAGGAGAAUGGCUCGCUGUAGGAAUGGAGAGCAGCAACGUGGAGGUCCUUCAUGUCACCAAACCGGAUAAAUAUCAGCUUCAUCUACAUGAAAGCUGUGUCCUCUCCCUGCAGUUUGCCUACUGUGGUAAAUGGUUUGUUAGCACAGGAAAAGACAACUUACUGAAUGCAUGGAGAACACCGUACGGAGCCAGCAUAUUCCAGUCGAAGGAGUCCUCUUCAGUGCUCAGCUGUGACAUAUCUGUGGACGACAAGUACAUUGUUACUGGUUCUGGGGACAAGAAGGCCACCGUUUAUGAAGUCAUCUACUAAAAAUAUGGAAAGAGCACGAGGACGUUUCUUUCUCACACACACACUCUAAAUGUUUCUAAAAAUGUUCAGGUGGAGCCAGAGAUUGCGGACAGCGGCCGCCCCACUUGGGUUUCUAUGAGCCAAAAGAGGCAUUUUAACCUGCACAAAUCUGCUGUGCCUGUGAGGCUGCCUCCAUGUCGGAAGCAGUUUGACGCCGGUGGAGAUGCGUUCGUGUUGGUGUCCGCUGCUUUGUGCUGCUGACUCACCUGGGAUCAGUAAGAGG